AUGGCGUGGAAUGAAACUUCGAUUCCUAAUCUAGCUGGCAAAGUGGCACUGGUAACUGGAGGAAACUCUGGAAUUGGCUUUGAAACGGUCAAACAACUUGCGUUGCAUGGCGCCAAAGUGUACAUAGGAGCAAGAUCUGAAUCUCGAGCGAAGCAGGCGAUCAGUGAUAUUCUUUCCCAGAAUCCGUCUAUCCCAAAGGAGCUUCUGGAGUGGUUACCGUUGGAUCUGUCAUCGCUACCUAACGUCAUCAAAGCUGCAAACGUACUGUCAACUGCAGAAAGUAGACUUGAUAUUUUAAUCAAUAAUGCAGGCGUCGCAGCGGAAGAGUUUGUUACGACAAAGGAAGGAUUUGAGCAGACAAUUGCGCAAACGGCAGAAGAGCCAGGCUCCGACGUACGAAUUGUUACUGUGAGCUCUGUGGCCGAGAAAUUUGCGUCCAGCAGCAACAACUUUACAACUCUAGAGGAUCUUCGUGAUCCUGGAGCUACCAAUCCCAACGACUACGCCUCUCGAAAAGCAGUCUUUAGACGUUACGGCGCCAGCAAAUUGGCUAAUGCGCUCUUUACAAGAGAACUUCAAAAUCAGCUUACGCAACAAAAUACCAAGAUCAUAGCUCUAACGCUUGACCCUGGGCCCGUUGCAACUGAUGGCGGUAUGGGAGUGUUCCCGGGUCUGUUGAAGCCAGUUUUAAAACUGGUGAUGAAAAGUCCUGCAAAAGGUGCAUUGACGCAACUUUAUUGUGCGACUGCAUUAGAAAUCGCAAAAGACACCGAACGAUACAAAGGGCAGUUCUUGAAUGGCCCCGGGAAGAUUGUCCAGGCAUCAGAAAGGUCGCGCAGCAAAGAGCUAGCUCGGUCACUUUGGAAAAUUUCGGAGGAAGUAUUAGCAGGGGUAGAUGUAUAA